CCAUGCACCUCCAGAGCAGUCACCCAUGAAGAGUUGGUCCACUGGGCAAAAAUUGAAGUAAAGGUUGGAGUGCUAGUAUAUAUCUAAGCUUAAAGCUUGAAGUACCAUAAUAUCGGUCUGCCCCGGGCCUAGGUUAGUAGUAUAAAAGUAAGUUAAUCGGUUGCCCACGCAUAUAAGUCCGUUCACUUUUGUCACUCGCAGUCAUGGAAGAGCCAGGAUUUAGACAGAGGAAGAAAGCAGCUCCCGGGUCCGCGAAUGGUCACGAAUCGGGCGGUGAAGCCAAGCCAGGCCCAGCAUUUCCAAAAGUAUACGUGUUAUUAGCCGUUGUGGUGGUUUUGGCACUUUACAAUUUUCUAACUCUAGUGAAGAACCCGCUCAGCCAGUUCCUCGGUGCACCUACCAGACAUCUACCAGGAGUUCGAACAAAUUAUGUCCCCACCUUCACGGCGGACGAAGCAAAACGAGAAGCAGUCGUAGAGGCCUUUAAACAUGCGUGGCAUGCAUACGAAAAGGACGCUAUGGGUGACGACGAAUACCACCCGAUCUCGCACACUGGCUCAAAUCUAACCGAAGCGGGGGGUAUUGGGUAUACCGUGGUAGACUCUAUCGACACGAUGAUUAUCAUGGGGCUGGAGGAGGAGUACCAACGUGCAAGGACAUGGGUGGCAGACAAGCUCUCAUUCGAACGGGAUGGUAACUUCAAUACCUUCGAGACAACAAUUAGAGUCCUGGGAGGCUUACUGGCUGCAUACCAUUUGUCUGGGCAAGACCCUGUGUUUCUCGAGAAGGCUCAUGAACUCGGUAGCCGCAUUCUGCCCGUCUUCGAGACAGAGUCUGGUCUUCCAUUAUCACUAAUCAAUCUCGCACUUCGAGAAGGCGUGCCAGAUAGUGAUGCUAAUGGGUAUAUCAGUACUGCCGAGGCUUCAACAAUACAACUCGAGUUCCGCUAUCUGGCAUACCUUACCGACGAGGACACCUUUUGGGAGAAAGCUGAGACUGUUAUGGCCGUCCUGAAGGCGGCUGCAAUGCCCCAUGGGCUAGCCUCCAUCUUUCUCGACCCGAAAUCGGGCCGCUUUCGAGCUUCGCCGAUUCGUCUUGGCUCUCGCGGGGAUUCUUACUAUGAAUAUUUAUUAAAACAAUAUCUUCAAACUGACCAAACGGAGCUCGUAUAUCGCGAGAUGUACGACACUGCGAUGACAGGUAUCCACGAUCACCUGGUAAAGCGAGGGCUUUCUAGCCAGCUUCUCUACAUCGCUGAGCUUAACCCGGAGCAGUCCCAAGGUGGGAACAUCGGAUGGCGUUUAACGCCCAAGCAAGACCAUCUCGUGUGCUUCCUUGGCGGUUCUCUUAUGCUCGGUGCCACGACGUCCGGUGCUCUUGUUGACAAUGUCUCGAUUCCACCGCAAAUCGACGAGCUCACCGACCAAGGCAAACGUGAUUGGCUUACAGGGGUGGAACUCAUUGACACCUGUAUGGCCACACAUGACACCCAAACCGGCCUGGCGCCUGAAAUUGCGCACUUCCGUAUGGCAGGUGAUGGGGUGGAUGAUUCGGUGGCUCCUGCAGAUUGGUACAUCAAAGGCGCGCGCCCAGACGCCCCUCCUCCUUUUGAUGCCCGGUACAUCCUCCGCCCGGAGACUGUCGAAUCCAUCUUCAUUGCCUUCAGGCUCACCGGUGAUCCCAAGUAUCGCGAUCUCGGCUGGGCGAUAUUCCAGGCCAUCGAAAAGCAUUGUCGUAUUCCAACAGGCGGGUACGCAAGUGUGAUAAAUGUGGAUCAGGUUCCUGUGGAGUAUGACGAUAAAAUGGAGACUUUCUUGAUGAGCGAAACGUUAAAAUAUCUGUAUCUGCUCUUUGCGGAUUCAAGCGUGCUUCCUCUCAAUGAAUAUGUCUUCAACACGGAGGCACAUCCUUUGCCCGUAUUUAAGCCAACUAUGCGCACCGGUUUUUCGUAGUUAUCUGUGCUGCGCCAUUGUCAGAUUGUCUGAGUGUAUUGUCAGCCGACUGGUAUAUCAUUAUUCUUGAUAGCAGCUUUGAUAGGCUUGAUUGCAUCGAAGCUAUUUUGGUUUUGCUGCAUCACUGACAAUUUCGACGCACUCAAAACACC